AUGGCCGUCGAUUUAAAGGGACAAGAGACAAGAGGGGAGGAUUAUGAAUACAUUAUUGUCGGCUCUGGGCCGGGGGGAGGACCCCUUGCUGCAAAUCUUGCCCGGCAUGGACAUAAGGUUCUCCUCCUCGAGGCCGGUGACGAUCAGGGCCAGAACAUUAAGGAGAAGGUCCCUGCCAUGUUUGCAGCCUUCGAAGAAGACCCAGUCGAGAGAUGGGACUUUUUCGUAAAGCACUAUGCCGAUGAGAGCCAACAAGCGAAAGACCCAAAGCUGACCUGGGAAACUCCUGAUGGAGGUGUCUUUACUGGAAUCGACCCGCCUGCCGGAUCAAAACAACUUGGUGUCUGGUAUCCUAGAGCAGGAACCCUUGGUGGUUGCGCUGCUCAUAACGGCUUGGUAGCCGUACUACCUCCAAAUUCGGACUGGGACCACAUUGCCAAUAUCACGGGUGACUCUUCCUGGCGGUCGCAAGAGGUCCGCCGACUGUUCAAGAGAUUGGAAAGAUGCCAGUAUCUUGCCGAGGGUCACCCAGCUCAUGGCUUUGAUGGGUGGCUCGAAACCAACUUGGCGGAUAAUUCUAGCCUAGAAGCUGCUGAACCUGUUAUCAAAGCGGCUGUGGCAGUCAGCAACGAUGAGCAUACCCAUAAUGACGGUCGCGACGGUCUGAUUCGGGAUAUCAAUGGUUUCAAUCCGGAAAGACGGGACGGCCAGAGCAUCUACAAGGCCGACCCGAGGUUCAACGAGAAUAACCCUGGCAUCAAGAAGAGAGCCUUUGCUACCAAAGAGGUUAUUGUAGCUUGCGGUGUAUUUAACACACCUCAACUGCUGAAACUUAGCGGCAUUGGCCCUGCAGUGGAGUUGGAAAGCCUGGGCAUUGAUGUUGUCGUUGACCUGCCUGGUGUCGGCAAUAACCUACAGGACAAUUACGAAUUCGGUGUCGUUGCCCAAGCGCAGACCGUCCUCUCCGGAUUCAAUGGCGGCACGGGUCUUACAGCUGGCGAUCCUCUAUUCAAGCAGUGGGUGGCUUCUGGCGGUCCAUACGCUAGCAAUGGGAUCCCCGCCACGGUUCUCCACACCAGCAGUGUAGCAGAAUCCGACCCUGACCUUAUGAUUUUCGGCGGUGCACUGAAUUUUACGGGUUUCUUCCCUGGCUUCUCCCAGGCUGCCUUCGCUUUGAACGACUUCACCUGGGACAUCCUCAAGAUCCGCCCUCGCAAUACUUCUGGCACCGUUGAGCUGAGGUCUGCGGAUCCUCGAGAUGUACCCAUAAUCAAUUUCAACUACUUCAACGAGGGCGCCAAGGAUGACCUUGAAGCUAUGUAUGAAGGCGUUGAGCUUGCCAGGCGGAUCUAUAAGCGUGUCACUGGUCCAGCAGCGCCAUUGAAUGAGAUCGCUCCCGGCAAGACCGUUCACACAAAGACGCAAAUCAAACAGAGUGUCAAGAAUGAAGCCUUCGGCCACCAUGCUUCGUGCACAUGUGCUAUUGGUGCUGAUGAUGAUAGAAUGGCCUGCCUAGACUCUCGCUUCCGAGUCCGGGGUGUUAGGGGCUUGCGGGUGGUGGAUGCGUCAUCCUUCCCUCGUGUCCCUGGAGCUUUCCCGACACUGGCCAUCUGCAUUCUAAGUGAGAAAGCAACAGAUGUGAUUCUCGAGGACUCCAUACAGCUGAAUGAUGACAAAGUGUUGGAAGGCGUUAGGGAGUUGGAGGUUCUCGUGGAAGAUGCAUUUGAUAACAAGAUUGUCGUCGAACAAGCUCAUCUCGAGGAUGGUUGGGGUCUGACAAAAGCCUCCUCAAGCAAUGGACGUGCAAAUGGUAAUGGUGCAAAACGGAGAAGAAUUGAUUGA